AUGAAAACAUUUGGGGGUCAAAGGUUUGCGAAUGAAGACAAGAGUAGAAGGCAUUGUGCCGAUCGGCGUCCGAUGGCUGGAGAGGAUCUCGUCUCGCGCACCUCGCCCCCUCCGCCCCUCCCCACGAAUCCUCCCUUCCUCGCCUUCCAAACCCUCGAGGCGUCGAUCGAACCGCUAUUAAAUACUCCAAGACUGGAGGGGGAAGGGAUUCUUUUUCGACUUCUGACCACUCUCAAACUACCAAAACAGCCAGUGCUUUGA